AUGGACCCUGUGGCGGCGAAACUGCGCGGAUUGCCGGCAGAGGAGGUCGACAGUUGGCGCCAUGCCUUGCAGAUCUUCUAUGAACGGCAGGUGUUGGGAUCGCCCAGGGCCGAAAGGGCUGAAAGGGCCCAACGUCGGAGCUCCGAGCCGGAAGUGCAACGCAGCCAGGAGGAUCGAGUGGCCGCAGAGCUCUUCAAAGCUUUGAACGCGACACCCAUCCGAGAGCCGCCGGAGAAACGUUCCAGGGUAAUGCCAAGGCUACCGGUGCCCGCCGCUGCGCCCCAUCGCGCCGCAUGCACCGCGGCGCUGUGCGACGCCUUGAAAAAGGCGGGCGCAGUGUGGCAUGGCCUGCGCAGGGAAGAGCUGAAGGUGCCAGGUCUGGUGGUUGAUGAUGACAUCCCGAAAGGAACGGUGCUGCUGAAGAUUCCCAGAGAACUUCAUUUCUCCAGGCCCAACUGUCGUGAGACCUUCCCAGACCUCUACGACGCGUGCGAGGCCUUGCCCAGCGCAGAUCCUGAGAAGAGGGAGGAAGCAGCAGAUGCAUUAUGCUUGGCACAUCUCCUCCAUGCCGCCCAGACAGCGGGUCAGCGCUCCGGUGACGAAGGUAGCACCUGGAAUCGCAUGGCAGAGGUGCUUCUGGCAGAGGACUUUCGAGCACAUCCCUAUGUCGCUGCUUGGGAGCGCCGAGCCUUGGAGAUUCCUUGCUCUGCAGAGCCCGAGUUGAUCAGGGCGCAAGCGGACUACGUCAGGACGGUGUAUGGCUGCAUGCGCAGCGUGGGAUCCAAAGAGAUGCCGAAUUUCGACGAAGGUCUGUUCCUCCAGGCCUGGCUCUGUCUCCUGACACGACGCUUCCGUGGCCCUGAAGGCUCCGCCUUGGUGCCAGGGGUUGACUUUCUCAACCAUUCCUGGGAGCCGAAUGCGUCGAGCGAUUGGGACGAGGAAUCGGGUGCAGUCAUUGUUACAACCACCCAAGAUCUGAAACAAGGUGAAGAGGUCUUGAUCAGCUAUGGUGACUUUUCCAAUCCCCUGCUGUUCCGGACGUAUGGCUUUACCUUGCCAUCGCGGUGCGAAACCUGCCGGAGCUGUACCUUCACUGAGGAGGAGCUGCUGGCAACGGCGCCAAAAGAGGUGGCAGAGGACUUGCAGGCGUUGCCUAAUUUGCACCUCAACAGCAUGCAGGUUACGGAUGAGUUGGCCGUGCUCUUGCAGGUCUGGCAGGGCGCCGGUGAUGCGCUGCGACAGCUCUGUCAAAAACGCUUGCAGAAGCUGGCGGCGGAGAUGAGGUGGCCCGCUGAGCCUUUGGAGAUUGGUGAGACGGAUGAGCUGCGCAUUGCCUUCAGCGAGUAUAUUUGUUUGCGACUUCAUGCGAACAUCUUGGAUGAGCUCGCAGGUUCAACGCCGGAGAUCAAGGACAGCAAGGCUUGGGAAGACGGAAAGGAGCUCAAGCGAGAGCUCAAAGUCAUUCAAGAGGAGGAGGAGGAGAAGGAGGAGAAGGAGGAGAAGGAGGAGAAGGAGGAGAAGGAGGAGAAGGAGGAGAAGGAGGAGGAGAAGGAGAGUUUGGAACAUUUAGAGGGGGCCUUGCAAAUGGCGGAGAUGGAAGGGGCUCCCAUCUGCAAAAUUGGUGAGGAACAGGAGCCCUGGCACCUUCCUCGCGGCCUGCACCGCUUGGCUCCCUUGGCCGCGAAACAUCAGAGGCAGCUGCAGAAACUCAGAUCGCGAGUGGAAGAGCUAUUGAUGACGCCUACCCUUGAGUUGUUGGACAUUCCUGCAGAGGCGGAUGGCUAUGAGGUGGCCGGCAGCCGUCGCGGCUUCUCGGACCCCAGCAUCGAGGCCGCGCGACAGGUCUGUGAACGCGGCCUGUCAGUGCGCCUCCAGGACCGUACUUUGUACAUGCGCUUGGGACCUCGUUUCCAUGACCGAGACCGCGAUGUGGCAGGUCAUCCAGCCUCAGUGUUGGUGACCCUGCGACGGGAUGCGACUCUGCCUGAGGAGCAGUUGACCACUGACGGCAACGGAUGUUGUUUUCUGCCGGAAGGGACUGAAGGUAUUAGGGUGACCUUGCCGAAUGAGCCUGGACUUUUGCCGAUGAAUGUGAGCAUGUGUCUUCUACGACGAGGUUGGCAUCGAGAGCAGUUGGAAAAUGACCCGCAGAUGCUCCGAGCCUUGGUGCUGCCGGGCAGCGGCCGAUGCUAUUUGUCGCUGGGGGGUGCCAGGAGUCACUUUCCCUCGCACGGCUGGCAACCUGCGCAGCUGCAGUUGCGUUUGUCCUCGAGACUCAACGUGCGCUGUCCCUAUGCAGGUUGCACUUGGACCGGCCAUGAGGGCGAUUUGGCCAGCCAUCAACUGCAGUGCGAGGAGGUGCGCCGCAUCCGCCGCGCCGUGGAGCUCCGCCGCAACGCGGCGCGGCGCGACCUGUGGCAUCUGCAGGUGGCGCUCUCCUGGUGUUCGGAGCAGAGCCGCAGCGAUUUGGAGCCCUGGUUUUCUGAUGGGCUGAUGG